AUGGUCUACAUCUACGCCUUGCUCUUGAUACCACCCUCCUUAUCUAACAUUCCUGGUCGCAUUGCCUUCAGCAGCACACAUUCGAUAAGUAAUUUCCGGAGUGCAACUCACAAUGAUGUCUAUAAACUUUCCGAUCCCGAAUUCCCGAAACCUGAAGACGACUCUGGUAUUUUUAUGACUAUGGAUGACUCACUUUCUCCAGGAACUCAUCACGCAGUCUAUAGUGCUCCAUAUAUGCCAUACACUGAUAUGAUGGCCAGAAUUAUGGGCGGAGCAUCACCCUUGACAGAUGAACAAGUCAUUAAUCUUGACAAAGAUGCUAUUGCAGUUCAAGAAUGCCACCAAUAUCUUCAAAGUAAAGCCCAGGAAGUUGAUACCGUGAUGCCACUAAGUUUUUUGAAUGUGGUGAAGUCAAACAAAUGUACCGCAAGAUCAGUCGCAACGCUAGCCUUUGAAGAAAAGGUAAAAGUAGAAGGAAAAUAUAGCUACUUUGCAUCAAAUUCGUCCCCCUCAUCUUUGGCUAUAAAUGUCGAUUACCAUGUACCAGUAGAAGAACUAGUAUUACCAGGACAAUCAACAAUUUACAAAGGGUCUCGUACGCCGCGAGCAUUUGUGUGGUAUCUAGGCAGACCUCAUCUACUCAUUGGAUGCAGUGGAAAUAAGCGUGCAUGGUUCAUAGCGACUACACUCAAGGGAAGAGAGGAAGAUAGAGUAUUAGAUGGAGCUAUAUUGUUAGUUAAUAACAGGUACGGGAAGAGAGAAAGUCUUGUGAAAAAAAGCAUGCUAGGCGUAGAGCUGGACCUGAAGAAAAGUCGGAAAAUCAACCCAGAUGCAGAUCCUUCCACUGAUGGAAGAGUCUCUAUAGUAAGAUUAUCGAAUCCAGGAGAGGAAAUGCCUGGCGUUCUUACCCACUGGCAUGAAUGCAGUUUGUACAAGAGUUCAUCUCCCAAACUCUUCAACUGGAGUGCACGAUCUUAG